GGAAGUGUACGCCUCUUCUUCUUCUUCGUGGGAAACUGUGAGACGUGAUUGUUAUUUCACCAACUAGCGUCUGGCUCAUGAAAAUAACCAUACUGUAAUGUCACUAUGUCACACAUGUGGCAUCUUAUGUGGCAGGUAACGCUAGGAUAUGUUGAGUUUCUUCGAGUGUCUUCCAUUGACGGAAUGUUUUUUUCCCAAUGAAGCUUGGCGGUCUGACCCUGGUCCAGUCCUGUCUAACUUCACCGACAUACACCGGGAUCUCACAUUAGUCCGUCUGGCUCUCGGCGAUGGAGCGGAAAGUUGCUCGGGAAUUUAGGCACAAGGUGGAGUUGCUGAUUGAAAAUGAAGCAGAGAAGGAUUACCUGUUUGAUGUCCUCCGCAUGUAUCACCAGUCGAUGGAUUUGCCAGUGCUGGUGGGGGACCUAAAGCUGGUCAUCAACGAACCAAAGCGCUUGCCCCUGUUUGACGCCAUCCGACCGCUCAUCCCGCUCAAACACCAGGUGGAGUACGACCUGCUCACCCCCAAGAGGUCGCGGAAGCUGAAAGAGGUGCGCUUGGAUCGGACACAUCGUGAGGGACUUGGUCUGAGUGUCCGAGGAGGCCUGGAGUUCGGCUGUGGUCUCUACAUAUCACAGAUUGUCAAAGACGGUCAGGCUGGGAAUGUUGGCCUUCAGGUUGGUGAUGAGAUUGUGCGCAUUAAUGGAUACUCCAUCUCCUCCUGCAUCCACGAGGAGGUCAUCAGUCUCAUCAAGACAAAGAAGACCGUGUCGCUCAAAGUCAGGCAUGUGGGGAUGAUCCCAGUGAAAAGCUCAUCAGAUGAACCCCUCAAGUGGCAGUUUGUCGACCAGUUUGUGUCUGAGUCAGGGGAGAAAAAAAGCAGCAUUGCAGGCUUGGCGUCCAUUGGAGGCAAAGAAAUCAAGGAGAAGAAGGUUUUCCUCAGCCUCGUGGGUGCCAAAGGCAUGGGCAUUAGCAUCUCCAGUGGUCCAACCCAGAAACCUGGUAUCUACAUCAGUAACGUCAAGCCGGGCUCCCUUGCUGCAGAAGUUGGACUUGAGGUUGGAGACCAGAUUGUGGAAGUGAACGGGGUAGAAUUCACCAACAUGGACCACAAAGAGGCUGUGAGAGUCCUGAAGAGCAGCAGGAGUCUGACAAUUACUGUUCUGACAGGAGCUGUAAGUACACUAUUUACUAUAUUAU